UUGACAGUCGUACCAGCGAGAGGGAUCCUCGCCUGUGGUGUUUUGGUCCAGUCGAGCCCACUCACAAAAAUGACAGCGCGGAAGUCUGGCUCACGACUGGAGACCGAGAUAGAGCGGUGCCGCUCUGAGAGUCAAUGGGACAAGAUACCGGAGUUAGUACGACAGCUCUCAGCCAAACUAAUAGCAAACGAUGACCUAGGUGAGUUGUUGCUGGGGGAAUGCAAGCUUCAGACAUACCUGAAGGAGAACCCCCUCAAACAGGGAGCCAGUCCCAGGGGCCCACGACCUAAACUGGUGGAGGUCAGGAAACACCUCACUGCUGCUCUGGACAGAGGAAACCUCAAGGCGGAUUACCUCCAGGAAGUCAGUCUGCUGAUGGCCAAACUGUGCUAUGUGGAGGGAGAAUACAGAGACGCGUUAGGUCACUACAGCAGGGUGAACCUGGAUGACCUGCAGCUGGGGGGAGCUCCUGUGUACAGGCUGUCCAUGAUAGCAGAGGCAUACGCUACUAAAGGACUGUGCUUAGAGAAGGUCCCAGCAGCCUCUCCGUCUCUAUCCAAUAAGAACACUGGGUCGCCCUCGUCCAAUAGGAGCACAACAGACCGGGACCAGGAAAUCAUCAACUGUUAUGAAAAGUCUGGAGACAUUGCUCUGCUCUACCUGCAGGAGGCUGAGAAGGCCUUAUCAGCAGGAAUUCAGAACCGCAGCCCGAAGCCCGGCCCGACCUCCCAAGACCUGGAACUGGGCUACUUCCUGGAGACAGGCCUGCAGAGAGCCCACGUCAUCCACUUCAAGAACGGCAACCUGACACAAGGUGUGGGCCGGUUUCGGGAGAUUCUUCGGGCUGUUGAGAACAGAACCACCCAGAGCCUGCGCAUGACCAUAGCCAGACAGCUUGCAGAGAUCUUGCUCAGAGGAAUGUGUGAACAGAGUUACUGGUCUCCUCUGGAAGACCCGCCCACCGUGUCGCCAUUGGACGAUCCCACACGGCAGGGACACACUCACACCAAGAACUACAGCCUAAGCCGACGCCCACGCGUGUACUCGGGAGAGAAUCUGUUUUGCCCUCAGGAGAACACAGAAGAAGCUUUGCUGCUGCUGCUCAUCAGUGAGUCCAUGGCUAACCGUGACGCUGUCCUGAGCAGAAUCCCUGAACACAACAAUGAUCGCAUCAUCAGCCUGCAGUCUGCGUCAGUGGUGUACGACCUGCUGACUAUAGCUCUGGGCAGGAGAGGGCAGUAUGAGAUGCUGUCAGAGUGUUUGGAGAGAGCCAUGAAGUUUGCCUUUGAGGAGUUCCACUUGUGGUACCAGCUCGCCCUGUCACUGAUGGCAGCUGGGAAAUCAGCCCGUGCCGUUAAAGUCCUCAAGGAGUGUAUUCGUCUGAAGCCUGACGACCCCACCAUCCCACUGCUGGCUGUCAAGCUGUGUAUCGGACCUCUGCACUGGUUGGAUGAGGGGGAGUGCUUUGGAAAGAUUGUGAUUGACAUGGGGGAGAAAGCAGCCGAGUUCAGAGCCAAAGGCUUCUUGGCCAUCGGGCUGGUUUACAGCCUCAAAGCCACUGACGCAUCAUUGCGAAGCACACAGGAGGAGUACCAGAGGAAAGCGUUGGGAGCCUUCCAGAGAGCUCAGAGUCUGUCUCCGACUGACCACCUAGCAGCCUUCUACUUGGCGCUGCAGCUUGCUGUGUCCAGACAGAUCCCCGAGGCACUAGGCUAUGUACGACAGGCGUUGCAGCUCCAAGGGGAUGAUGUCCACUCCCUUCAUCUGCUAGCCCUGCUGCUCUCUGCUCAGAAGCACUACCACGACGCUCUCAACAUUAUAGAGAUGGCUCUGUCCGAGUACCCAGAGAACUUCAAUCUGCUGUAUACCAAGGUGAAGUUGGAGUCGAUGUGUAGAGGACCAGAGGAAGCUCUGCUCACCUGUAAACACAUGCUGCAGAUCUGGAAGAGCUUUUACAACCUUACCAACCCCAGUGAUUCUGGGCGUGGCAGCAGUCUGUUGGACAGGGCCUUAGCAGACAGACGACAGCUCAAUGCCAUGACUCUGCCUGACUUCAGUGACCCAGACACGGGCGGUCUUCAGGACGCUAACACUCUUGGUUUUUCCUCCAUGUUUUCUGUUUGCUCGGUUCAUGCUACAUCUAUAGCAGCCAGUCGUGUAGAGCAGGCUCUCUCUGAGGUGGCCUCCUCUCUGCAGAGCAGUGCCCCCAAACAUGGACCCAUGCACCCCUGGAUGACCCUGGCUCAGAUCUGGCUGCAUGCAGCCGAGGUGUACACCGGCAUGUCGAAACCCGCAGAGGCCUCGGCCUGCACGCAGGAAGCCUCAAACCUCUUCCCCACAUCCCAUAAUGUACUGUACAUGAGGGGGCAGAUCGCUGAACUUAGGGGCAACAUAGACGAGGCCAAACGCUGGUAUGAAGAGGCCCUGUCCAUCAACCCGACGCAUGUCAAGACCAUGCAGAGACUGGGUCUGAUUCUUCACCAGCUGCAGCGCUACAGUCUGUCGGAAAAAGUCCUGAGGGAUGCUGUGCAGGUCAACAGUACGGCUCAUGAUGUGUGGAACAGCCUCGGUGAGGUGUUGCAGGCUCAGGGAAACGCCGCCGCUGCCACAGAGUGUUUCCUCACUGCCUUGGAGCUGGAGGCCAGCAGCCCCAUUCUGCCCUUCACCAUCAUACCCAGAGCACUAUGAAAUCCGCACACCGUCACAGUUCUAGCAUCAGUACUGUAGCACAGUGGCACAAAUGAUGGACCUGCAAGCUGCAAACAGCCCGUAGACACACAGUAUGCCUGCAUGCCAGUUACACACACCUGCACAAAGGUUUACUGCCGUACCCUUACUGUAAAUACACACAGAAACACACUGUAUAGAAAGGCAGAUAGUACACAUAAACAUACAGACACGCGUCAACCCGCCCUUCCCACAAUGCCUUGCUGUGGCUGUGAACCCUGACUGUGUGUGUGAAUGUGUGUGUGGGUGCUGACCUGCACUUUUUGUGUGCCUGUUUGUGUCUGUGCAUGUACACCCAUAUCUGUGUAUGUGUGCCAACAUGUUGCCUGUGCAUAUUUCUGUCUGGCUGUAUGUGAUUUGUAGUAUGCUGUGUGUUUUUGUUCAUAGACAUAUAUAAGAUUAAAAGAGUUGAGUUCCUACUCUUGCGUUGCUAGUAGUCAGAAGCCUAAGAGUUUACAUUUUGUUUACAUGUUAUUUAGUCCAUUUCCUUUACGAGCCAAAUAUUACUGAUAAUCUCAACACACACACGCACACACACGUUCAUACGGAGAGGGUCGCUGUUACUGUAUGGCUGGCUCAGGAGCAUUGACAGACACGAUCAACCGAUGACUGAGGAGUCAAUCACUCAGUAAAGUCUAAAUGCCAAAACACGGGCUGCAUUUACACACACAGCAGAUCAGGACGGCUGCUCUUUUUUUCUACAUUUUUUGUUUUAUUAUAGCACAUUGUCUCGUGUGUACAGCCUUUACAUGCUCUAUUUGUUAAACUAUUAGAACAUGACAUUCUAUGGUUUUACAAAUGUUCCUGAUAUUGCACUAUUAUUCAAUUUCCCCAAGGAAAGCUUUGAAACUAAAGGAAUAGUUCAACAUUUUGGAAAACUUGUUUUGUUUUUUUCUUUUCUUGCUCGACGGUUCGAUGAGAAGAUUGGUUUCCACUGUCGUGCGUUAGAGAGUGGAACGAUCUAACUCUUGGCAAGAAAUCCAAUGAGCAUAUUUUCCAAAAUGUCAAACCAUUGCUGUAAAAUAAAUCCCAUCUUUAUAGGAAUACUUGUACAUAUUUCGUGCUUUGGAUCUGUUGGAGAAAGCUGAUUUUUUUUUUUUUUUUUUUUUUUUUUUUUUUUUUAGCACGAGCAGCUGUAGUCACAAUAGAUGAACACAUAAGAGUGUCAACUACAACUACAGAAACAGAAACUAGAUAAUGUUGCAGAUAACCAACUCAAUUUCAUAUGAAUUUCAAAAACCAGAGCUCAUUUGUGCCAUUUAUACAUUAACAAAUUGUGAGUAAUCAUGGGAGGAAUCUGUUCCACAAAUAUUCUCAAAAAUCUGAUUUAAUGCCGUGUGUAAAUGCAACCGGUGAUUGUGUUGUCUUUGUGUCCUGUCAUGUUAAAUACAACUAGAUGAAUAUACUUUUUUCAUUUAAUUAUAAAUACAAAGAAUUGUUGUUGUAUAUUUGAUUGUUCCAAGUGUAUUAUUAUUGCUAUGGUUUUAGAAAGUAAAAUAUAAUUCUAUUUUCUGGUGAGUGAUGUUACAGAGAUGUUGAUGUGAGCUCAGUCAGUGAGUCUUUAGUGCAGUAAAUGAAUGGCUGAAACGAGGAGGAUUACAAUGACAAAGAUAAUAAAAGUGGUUAAAAACA